AUGCGACUUACUGUGUCGGGUAUACAGCAUGCACGGGCAUCGUGGACGUUGGUCUAUGACAGACGGAUCGCGGCCCUGCUGGUCCAUCCCGAGCUCGGGUCGGCAUGCGUUGAUUUCGCGAAGCAGAACUGCGAGAUGCACUGCCUGCCCAACGAGGAUGUCGGCGAUGAGCUCGCCUCCGUGGAUAAGAAUGACGCGCUAUGCGCGCCCCACUUGUCGGAAGACGGAUACCUUCUGUGCAGCGGCGAUUGCCGUUAUCAGAUCGGGGUGCUGAUGUCUUUCGCAUGUCGGGCUACUGAGCAGCGCGGGGUCCGCAUUGUCGAUGCCGCGGGGAUCAAGCCGAAGGUCGUCUACAAUGGUUUUGGCCUAGAGAAGAGGGUUCGCCAGGACGAAGUCCACGACCUCGGGCCGAAGAGAUGGGCUGGGGCAGACGCUGAUCGUGCGAUUGGCCUUCGUAGGGAGAAUGCUCUUCAAGGUGGGAGUGCAUUCCAUAGUGACAUCAUGAAGGUCUUCGCCUGGUUGCCCGCGCGCCCAGAAGACGAGUUCUCUCCGCCGCAGAACCCUUGCAAGCUCGAUGAGACGAUGGAGCUGGCUCGGAAGUUUACCGAGUUCCAGAAUGAACACCUCGGCGCGCCAGCGACAGGGAAGGACGCGGUGGUUCCCCCGAAAGCGUGGCGGCCAUGCAGGAUCAGAAGGGUGAUGGAGGAUGAGGUCUGUUCCAUACUGAACCCUUCCGAUUGGGACUACACUAGCCCCGAUGGGCGUUACCGAGAGGAGCCGAGCUGUGGUUGGCCCGCGUGGUGCAUGACGGCUCCAGGGACGACUGGCAUUGAGCCGCGCGCCAGACUGAAGGCUGCCGUGGCGGCGGAGAUGGAGAAAUACUGGCUUCGGGCCGAGUUUCUCAGGGUCUCUCCGCUUAUGGCGCGGCCUGCGUAUUCGAGUGCGCCAGCCGAUUAUGUCGGAGCUGGUGCAUCGGUGCGUGAGCCAUCUGCCAAGGGUUCCAAGCGGCCUCAUUCCGCGCGGCCUGAGGGCCGCCCCAAGGCAACGAGGACGGGGGAUGAUGUCGCGGGAAAAGGGAAGGGCAACGAGCUAUGGCAUGGGAACGAAGAGGGCAAGCAGCCGAGAUGCUCCGUGGCGUUCAGAGGCAGAUGCUCCGCGGCGCAGGGCAGGUCGCGCGCGUGGCGACUCGGAGCAGCAGACUACGAAUUCUUCCACCCCAUCGCAGGAAGCCGCCACGGACUGGUGGUCAUCGUUGGCAUGGAGCUCGGACAGCUGGUACAAUGGCAGCUGGAGCUCCCGUGGCCGCUGGAGAGGGGCUGGUUCAAGUUUGGUGGCGUUGAGAUCUUCAAGACGAAGAUUGCUGCGUCGAUGGGUGAGCAGAAAGCCUGGGAGAACCGCACACCCAUCACGCUCGCCUCCUCCGCCGUGGCCGAGUUCAUCGCCGACGUUUUCCUUUGCCCUUACGAGGCGACGCGCAUCCGCCUGGUGUCGAACCCGGACUACGCGCCGGGCAUGGGAAGCUGUGCCAAGAAGAUGAUGUCCGAGAUGGGCUUCGUCGGCGCCUUCUACUCCGGCUUCGUGCCCAUCCUGUUCAAGCAGAUCCCCUACACGAUGGCCAAGUUCGUGGUGCAGCAGCAGGCAGCGGAAUCAAUCUAUGCCGGCAUCGGCCAGACGCCUAAGACGAUGGGCGCGAUGGGCAACGUGUCGGUGUCGCUCGGAUCCGGCGUGAUCGCUGGUGUGGCCGCCGCGAUCAUCUCCCACCCGGCGGACACUUUGCUGUCUAAGAUCAACAAGGCUGGCGCUGGCGGUGAUGGUGGCAUGGUCUCUCGCCUGAUGAACAUCACGAAGGAAACUGGACUCAUGAAGCUGUGCACUACGGGCCUGGGAGCCAGGUGCGUGAUGAUCGGCACCCUCACUGCUGGACAAUUCGGCGUGUUUGACAUCGUCUUGAACAUGGUCGGCGCCAAGAAGUUCCACUUCCACGACCCCGCCGCACACUGA